UCCUCCUGCUGCAUCCUCCCCCCUCCCCCCAAACCAGGUCCCUCUGCAGUGAUGGAGGGUGGAGGGAACUCAUUCCUGCCACCUGCCUGUGGUGGGAGGAGAAACAGUAACCCCAGCCAACCACCCUGAAGACCCCCCAGGUAGGAAGUUUUGAUGUUUGGCCGUGAGGGUGUAAGCUCUUUUCCUGCCAUCAUUGCCAGAGCCUGCCACAAGCACAUUAUGCUGAGUGUCAGGGCCUCCAGGCCCUAUGCCAGCUUCUCCUCCCAGUCUGGAAGCCCCCUAGCCUUUGCCCUCUGCAUUGGGAAGCACAGGCUGUUUACAACAGGAGGAGAUCCGUGACCAGCCUGUGGGGCAGGAUGUUGGCUGUGGGCAGCCUCCAGAGAGGAACUCCCCGGGCCCUGUGGAAUCAGAAGCUUCCAGGUCUAGAAAGGCCAGCCUUUUGGGCUCUUCUCUCUCAAGCUGUGUCCAGGCCGAGGCCCAAGUCUUGGCCAGGAAGUCUUGGUGACACUGUGACCUUCCCCAAAGGGGGGUUUCCUGGGAGAGGCCAAGUGGUGCCUGUCUUUAUCCCUGCCCCCAUCCUUCUCCUCACAUGGGGACGGACAGACUGAUUGUCCCAGGGAUGGAAGCCUGGGGGAGCACUGAUUGUUCUUAGUGCCAAGUGUCCCUAGUGCAGGGGCCGAGAGGGGCUUUUUCUGCCACACACUAAGUUCAGUUCAGCUGAGGUCUCGGUGCUUCAGCUUGGCUGAGGCCACCCUGUUCCUCUGUAUUUAAAGGCACCCUGUCAGCACCAGAGUCCUCAGCCUCAGGCCCCUGCCUCAAGCCAGCCCAGUCCUUAAGCUGACGGGGUUCAUGUCAAGCCAGACUUCUCUAUGAGGGUCACUUUGUGAAAGGAGAUCAGGCAUCCAGCUGCUUCAGAGAUCAGUGGGGAGAGCUCCCCAGCCCAGGAGCCCCAGGGGUUUUGAAUUGGCAUGCAAAAAGAAGGACUUGGCUAACAUGAAUAACCAUCCUGUGACUUGAGAUGUACCUUCUCUCCCCAGGUUCAAAGCAGCUUGAGGUAUCUGUCAUCUGGGAGUGCUUUCUUUCCCCAGCCUUCCUGGGAGGCAAGGAAGGGCCAUUCAUAAUUGGACAUUAGGGCCCUGAAAUUAAGACACUAUUCAAAAUCACAAAGGGUAUUUCUAGCCAAACCAGAAACACUGGCCUCCUGACUCCUAGUCAAGUGCUCCAUCUGCUCCCAGUUAGGUCCCUCAGUUUGUCUCCCACCUAAUCGGCAACUUGGAAGCCUCUGGGAUCCCAGCCUCUCCUUGACCUGAACUCAUGCCCCUCAGAGACCAAGUGUUAGCAGCUCCCCUGCUGACUCUCUGAAAGUGAUGGGGUGAUGAAAGUGAUACAGGUCCCCAUGAGUCAGAGGUCAGGUAUCCUAGUAUGGAAGGAAUCCCUGCAGCAAAGGCCUCUCUGUGGCUGGGACUUUCUGCAGGGAAAUCUAGGGGCGGAUUUCUGAAGGCAGUGCGGUUCUCCACUGAGAGAACACAGAGGGACACUGGGAAGAAAAGUGGGGCCAUUCCUAAGAGAACAUACACCCAGGGGAUUAUAGGACACCCCACACUACUUCAGCACUGCUUGAAGUUAAGGUGAAAGAGAUUGGAAUCCUUUGGGACUGGAGUCUCCUGGGUAGCUGCCCCACGUACUGAUGGACCAGGUCACCUUGGGGACAGGUCUCAACCCUCUGACAGGCCUCAGUGUCCUUGGGGGUUACAGGAGAGGCCAAGUGGAUCAAGAGCCUGUGUUGCAGACAGACUUGGGAGGCUGGUGCUCUGCCCAUCGGGGUAGGCAGCGGGCAGGCAUCACGGAGCAGCCAAUCAGAGGAGGAGGGGACUGCAGAAAAAACGAGUGAUCCUGCUGCAGCUGAGCUGUCCUUGGAGGGUGGGAGCCACGGGAAGGGAGGAGGAGGGGUUGGAGAAGGACAUUCCACAGGCUUUUUUGGCCCCUGACAGACACAGGGGGGUCAGAGAGAAAGGGAAAGGAGCAAGUCAGGACGCUGGAUUCCAACAAGAGCAUCAAGACCAGGCUGUUUCUGUGUGUGAGGAACUUUUCUUGGGAGAUAAAAUUAGACCUAGAGCUUGCUGACAGGGAGUCUGAAGCGUGGGACAUGGACCGUUCACUGAGAUGGCAAGGCAGUUCUGUCCCUGAGGACAGAACUGAAGCUGGGGCAAGCCCUGGAGACUACGGCUAUAAGCAGAUCAAGCGCUUUCUGGAGGACGCGGAUGAUGCAGAACUGAACAAGUUCGUGAAGGAUUUCCCAGGAAGCGAGACCUACCACCAACCAGAGGCCAAGACCUGGGUGUCCAGGCCCCAAAUCCUGGAGCCGAGGCCCCAGACCUCGGACCUCUGCCAGGAUGACCUGGAGUUCAGACCCCCUUCGUGGCCCCAGCCCUCUGACAGCCAGCAGUACAUCUCUGCCUCAGCCCCUCUCAGCCCCUCAGCUCGGCCCCGCAGCCCAUGGGGCAAGCUCGAUCCCUAUGACUCCUCUGAGGAUGACAAGGAGUAUGUGGGCUUUGCGACCCUUCCCAAUCAAGUCCACCGAAAGUCCGUGAAGAAAGGCUUUGACUUUACCCUCAUGGUGGCAGGAGAGUCUGGUCUGGGGAAAUCCACUCUCGUCAAUAGCCUCUUCCUCACUGAUCUGUACCGGGACCGGAAACUCCUCAGUGCUGAAGAGCGGAUCAUGCAAACAGUGGAGAUCACUAAACAUGCAGUGGACAUAGAAGAGAAGGGUGUGAAGCUGCGGCUCACCAUUGUGGACACACCGGGUUUUGGGGAUGCGGUCAACAACACAGAGUGCUGGAAGCCUGUGGCAGAAUACAUCGACCAGCAGUUUGAGCAGUAUUUCCGAGAUGAGAGUGGCCUGAACCGCAAGAACAUCCAAGACAACAGGGUGCACUGCUGCCUGUACUUCAUCUCGCCCUUCGGCCACGGGCUCCGGCCACUGGAUGUUGAAUUUAUGAAGGCCCUGCAUCAGCGGGUCAACAUCGUGCCUAUCUUGGCAAAGGCGGACACACUGACACCUCCGGAAGUGGAGCGCAAGAAACGCAAAAUCCGGGAGGAGAUUGAGCACUUUGGAAUCAAGGUCUACCAGUUCCCAGACUGUGACUCUGACGAGGAUGAGGACUUCAAAUUACAGGACCAAGCCCUAAAGGAAAGCAUCCCAUUUGCUGUAAUUGGCAGCAACACUGUGGUAGAGGCCAGAGGGCGGCGAGUUCGGGGCCGGCUCUACCCCUGGGGCAUUGUGGAAGUGGAAAACCCAGGGCACUGCGACUUUGUGAAGCUGCGGACAAUGCUGGUGCGUACUCACAUGCAGGACCUGAAGGACGUGACCCGGGAGACACAUUAUGAGAACUACCGGGCACAGUGCAUCCAGAGCAUGACCCGCCUGGUGGUGAAAGAACGGAAUCGCAACAAACUGACUCGAGAGAGUGGUACCGACUUCCCCAUUCCUGCUGUCCCAUCAGUGGCAGAUCCAGAAACCGAGAGGCUGAUCCGAGAGAAAGAUGAGGAGCUGCGACGGAUGCAGGAGAUGCUGCACAAAAUCCAAAGACAGAUGAAGGAGACCCAUUAGCUGGCUUUCAGCCUUGAAUAUUUAAACGCCGCCUCUUCAUCCUGCCUAUGCCAGCCCCUCCCAGCACCAGCUCUGCUCA